GACUCCAUCUCCAGAAGGGGGGAAGGGGGGGGGGCUGCUGGGUAUAUUGCGUUUGUGACAAAUCCCAGGGCUUCAAAGACUGAAACCAGGUCCAGCACCCGGACCGUAGACACACCGGCAAGGACACUCCAAACUGGGAUGAACGAUGGAUGCUGCCCAAACGCGCACACUGGAAUCAAGACAACACACCAGGAGCUAUCCUGAUUUUACGCUUUCUUAGACCUUCACUUCACCUGGCGCCUGUGUCGAUCGAAGCCAGCGAAAUUGGAGAAUAACUUGAUUACAAUGCUUCUACAAUAAAUUGGGAUUUAAAAAUAUAGAUUUUGAGAACAUAUCUUCAGAAACAGGAAUUUGGAUCGAAAUCCUGUUAAAAUCUUCUUGGACUGGAUUUGUAUUCAUUUUACUCAUAGGAACUUUGGAAUAAAGCAGUUUUGAAUUGCAGGUAUUCUCAGACUGGUUCAUUUCAUCAACAUAUCUACAUUCGCCUAUAAAUCGGCUACGCGCUCUUGAAAUAAUAAGUACAGCGAACUUAUUUGAAUCAAGCUUUUGUGGAAUUGUUGAUUGUCCCUCGAAAGCAUUGGAGCUUGGAACACGGAAGAUACGCUUCAAUGGAACUGUUAACAUUUUCAAGAAAUCCCAGAUGGAGGUUUCCCGGUAUGAGGAGGGAAUAACCAGGAAGUCCGAAGUCCUCCGAACAGGAUCUCUGGGAAACAGAAUUUUUUGAAAGUUCCAGGAAUUUUGUUAACCCUAAAAGUUCUCCUGAACGUCUGGAUCGACUGACACACGCAAUCAUGGACAGAUCACUGGACCUCUGAGUGCAAUCUUCCUCUUCCUCUUUCUCCUCCUCCUUCCUCCUCCUCCUCUUCCUCCUCCUCCUUCCUCCUCCUCCUUCCUCCUUUUCCUCCUCCUCCUCUUCCCAUUGAAGGUCCCACCUGGUUGCCAGAAAAUCAGUGAGACAGAAAGACAGAUCAACAAGAGGUUACAAAAAAACAGAGGUUCCAGCAAACCACUCUGGUCUUUUAUUUCAUUUGGUAACCAUGACGACCACUCUUUCCCCCUCCUUAUAUGGGCACCUGGUGAACCCCCAAGUCCCCCUGCCAUCAUCGGUGAUGCUUCUGCUGCUGAUACAACUGUUUAGUUGGUGCCCGGCUGCUCCCUCAGGGCCUGAGUCAGACACCUGCUCCACUCUGAUUCAGAGCCGAUUCUUCGGCCACUUCCUGUCCCCCUCCACUUUCCCCACGGCACCCUGCUCCUGGACCCUGCAGAACCCCGACCCGCGCCGCUACACCAUCUUUAUCAAGGUAACCAAACCUACCUCCACAACGGACUGCAUUCCACGGCAGCUCCGCACAUUCCAGUUUGACUCGUUUCUGGAGACCACGCGCACCUACCUGGGCAUGGAGAGCUUCGACGAGGUGGUCAAGCUGUGUGACUCUUCAUCCCCUGUGGCCUUUCUGGAGGCUGGGAAACAGUUCCUACAAAUGAGGAAAGGGCCGCCCCGGGCCGGCGUGACGGUCACCACCCCUAACGCUAGCGAAGAUGGGGAAUUUAAGACAGAGUACCUGGUGGUGGGGAAGCGUAACCCCAGCAUGGCAGCGUGUCAGAUGCUGUGCCAGUGGCUGGAGGACUGCCUGGCAUCCAGCACCUCUAACAGGCCCUGUGGCAUCAUGCAGACCCCCUGCCAGUGCUGGGAGCCCCCUCCUCCUCCACAGCUCAGCGAGGGGGAUGGAUGCUACAGGAACGGGUUCUACCUGGAGAACUGCCUACCCAGCUCCAAUGAGAAGAGUGAUACUGACAGCAACGGUGGCUGGAGUGUGUGGGCGGAGUGGAAGGAGUGCAGCAGUGACUGUGGUGGUGGCAUCCAGACCCGGAGCCGUACCUGUCAAUCUCCCCCGGAGAAGAUGUGUGAGGGAGUAGUGGAGGAGGGAAGGCCCUGUAACCCUCAGCCCUGCAGUGGCAAAGGCCGUCAUCUCUCUCGCAGCCAAUCACUUCGCUCCGUGGACAGCCGCAAGCGCGAUGGCGGCGGUGGCGAGGUAGACAAGACGCGGGGCGGUGGCGGCGGACAGCAGGCCCCACAGACAGUGGACCAGGCUGCGUCAGGUGAGGAGUGGUCGUCGUGGAGUGUGUGUUCGGCCACGUGCGGUGAGGGCUGGCAGAGCCGCACGCGUUUCUGUGUCUCCUCCUCCUACAGCACCCAGUGCAGCGGCACGCUCCGAGAGCAGAGGCCCUGCAACAACUCUGCCGUCUGUCCAGCCGCUCUGAUUGCAGUGCACGGGACUUGGGACGAGUGGUCGCCAUGGAGCUUGUGUUCGUCAACCUGCGGCCGUGGUUACCGGGAUCGCACACGAAGCUGCAAGCCCCCUCAGUUUGGGGGAGACCCCUGUAUGGGGCCGGAGAAACAGACCAAGUUCUGCAACAUCGCUGUCUGCCCAGUUGAUGGAGUGUGGAAUGAGUGGGCUAAUUGGGGUUCAUGCUCUGCGUCCUGCUCCAACGGGACCAUGCAGCGCAUCAGGGAGUGUAACGGACCUUCGUACGGAGGAUCAGAGUGUCGCGGGGAGUGGAUAGAGACCAGAGACUGCUUCCUACGGGAGUGCCCAGUGGAAGGGAAGUGGCAUCCUUGGACGUCGUGGGUGGGCUGCACCAAGACAUGUGGUGGGGGGAGCCAACAGAGACAGAGGAUUUGCUAUGGGCCCUUCUUUGGGGGUGAAAAUUGCCCUGGAGAUCGGGAGGAGUUGCGACGCUGCAAUGAGAAGCGGUGUCCAGAGCCUCAUGAGAUCUGUGCAGAAGAGAACUUCUCCAACGUAGUGUGGAAAAUGACUCCAGCAGGGGACACAGCGGCUGUACGCUGCCCUCCCAAUGCCAAUGGGCUGAUCCUGAGACGGUGCACCCUAGAUGAUGAGGGAAUAGCCUACUGGGAGAACCCCACUUAUAUGAAGUGUAUCUCCAAUGACUACCGCAGCAUCCAAACACUGACCCGGGAACACCUGUCCAAGGCCCAGCGGGGGCUUGUGGGGGAUGGAGUUUCAGAGGUGAUGACCAAGCUCAGGGUGACGUCCAGCGAUGGGACCAGCUACAGUGGAGACUUGCUGGCCAUAGUGGACGUACUGAAGAACAUGACAGAGAUCUUCAGAAGGGCCUACAACAGCCCCAGCAAUGCAGACAUGAGAAACUUUGUCCAGUCAGUCAGUAACCUGCUGAUGGAGGAGAACAGAGAGAGAUGGGAAGAAGCACAACUGUUGGGUCCUAACAUCAAAGAGCUGUUCCGGUUGGUGGAAGACUUUGUGGACGUCUACGGUCUUAGGAUGAAAGACUUCCAGGACAUGGUUGAGGUCACCGAUAACUUAGUUCUGUCCAUCCACAAGCGUCCGGUGGCGGGUAACGCAGACAUCAGCUUCCCUAUGAAGGGCUGGAAGGGGAUGAUGGACUGGGCCCGCAGCUCUGAGGACAGAGUUACUGUCUCCAAGAACAUCCUCUCCACAGGCAAGCCAGAUGCAGAUGACUUGACAGCGUUUGUCACCGGGAUCGUUCUCUACAGAAACCUGGGUAGCAUCCUAUCUUUACAGAGAAACAGCACCGUGCUCAACUCCAAGGUGGUGUCUGUGACCAUCAAGCCCACCCCAGGAUCCCUCUCUACCCCGGUGGAGGUCCAGUUCUCACACCUUUACAACGGCACCACAAACCAGACCUGCAUCUCCUGGGACGAGAGUGACACCUCAUCGCUGCUCGGAUCGUGGUCUGCCAGGGGCUGCAGAGCCGUGCCUAUCGACUCAUUCAGCACCAAAUGCGUGUGUGACAGACUCUCUACCUUCGCCAUUUUAGCACGGCUAAAUCCUGACAUGAACAUGGAUAAAAUGCAGCUUCCCUCUGUGACCCUGAUGGUGGGCUGUGGAGUCUCCUCCCUCACCUUGCUGCUUCUCAUCAUCAUCUACGUGUCGGUCUGGAGGUACAUUCGCUCCGAGCGCUCCGUCAUCCUCAUCAACUUCUGCCUCUCCAUCAUCUCCUCCAACGCCCUCAUCCUCAUUGGUCAGACGCAGACACGGAACAAGGUGAUCUGCACGUUGGUCGCUGCUUUCCUGCAUUUCUUCUUCCUGUCAUCGUUCUGUUGGGUUCUGACAGAGGCGUGGCAGUCAUACAUGGCCGUGACUGGCCGGCUUAGGAACCGCAUCAUCCGCAAGCGAUUCCUGUGUCUGGGCUGGGGUCUACCUGCUCUGGUUGUGGCAGUCUCUGUGGGUUUCACCAAAGCUAAGGGAUAUGGCACCGUCAACUACUGCUGGCUGUCUCUGGAAGGUGGUCUGCUUUAUGCGUUUGUGGGACCGGCUGCCGCUGUAGUCUUGGUUAACAUGGUUAUCGGGAUUCUCGUAUUUAACAAACUGGUGUCCAAAGACGGCAUUACUGAUAUGAAACUGAAGGAGAGGGCAGGUCAGAUGACAGUACCACUGUACAAUAUGACGCUCAAAUGUGCCAAGUGCGGAGUUAUCUCGUCGGCUGACGUUUCUACCACAGCUACCAGUAACGCCAUGGCGUCGCUGUGGAGCUCCUGUGUGGUUCUGCCUCUCCUGGCCCUCACCUGGAUGUCUGCUGUCCUGGCCAUCACCGACCGACGCUCCUCCCUCUUCCAGAUCUUGUUCGCUGUGUUUGAUUCGCUGGAAGGCUUCGUCAUCGUCAUGGUGCAUUGCAUCCUGCGCAGAGAGGUUCAAGAGGCAGUGAAGUGUCGGGUAGUGGACCGCCAGGAGGACGGGAAUGGAGACUCAGGGGGAUCUUUCCAGAACGGACAUGCUCAGCUUAUGACUGAUUUCGAGAAAGACGUCGACAUGGCUUGCAGAGGAGGUAAGAGUACCGGCAAAAAAAAGAGUACUCUGAAGCGUUCUUCUCUCCAGGGUGAUGAGAAGCCAUCCUCCCAGCCCCUGACCCUUCAGAAGGGCUCUAACUUCAACACCAUGCCUGCCAGCAUGGCCAAGGUCCACCUCCAGAAUGUGGCAGACUACCCCAGUCAUACUCUCACCCUGCGCAGGGAGAAGGGUGGCGCCACCAAGGGCAUCAGCACCGAGCUGCCGGGAGCCAAGUCCAUCUACAUCUGUGACGGGGAGCUCUUUAAACAGCUGGACGGGGAGCUGUCUCCACGGGAGACAGGGGAGGCCGGGGGGCCUGAGGGCACAGGGUACAUCAUCCUGCCUAACAACAACAACACUGGGACCCUGGGGCGGCCCGGAAAGGGCAGCAAGGAGGACACGACGGCCAAGUACAACAUCAGCAUUGAGCAGCAGAUGCCCCAGACCAGGCUCAUCCACCUGGCCAACUCGGCGGGGGUGGAGGGCGUCCCGGGUUUCGCGCUGAAGAGCCUGCCUGCAGACCUGGUCAGUGUCUCCUGCUCAGAGAGGGAGUCGCCCAUCCACAACAUGCAGAACGUCUCUGGAGAAUCCCACAUGACCAACAGCAUGUGUGAACAGGGUGAUUCUGGGAACUCUGGAAUGAUGUCCAAGAGCGAGACCGUGUCCACGCUCUCCAUGAGCUCCCUGGAGAGACGAAAAUCCCGCUACGCGGAGCUGGAUUUUGAGAAGAUCAUGCACACACGGAAGCGUCACCAGGACAUGUUCCAGGACCUGAACAGGAAGAUCCACAGUGCAGACCAGGACAGGGCGUCUCCGCCUGGCGAUGGGAAGGCAGGGAAGAGGUGGAGUGUGUCCUCAGCAGGCAGCGACAAGACCAACAUGAGUGACAAGCAGCAGACACCCAGUAAGAGAGCCUGGGAGGGCAUCAGGAAGACCCAAUCUCCCCCGUCGUGGAUGAGGAAGGACCUGGAGCCCUUGGCGGCCUCUCCCCUGGAGCUGCAGAACGUGGAGUGGGAGAAGGCCAGCGCCACCAUCCCUCUGGUGGGACAGGAGCUCAUGGACCUGCAGACAGAGGUGUGAGACUGAGACAGAGAGACAGACGGAGAGAGAGACAGAGAGCAGCCAACCCCGUCCCCCAGCCCAGCUCUCAGACAGACAGACUUCGUCCCUUCUCGCAGCUCCACAUCUCAAUCUGGGAACCAAUGACCAACGAUCAAUGACCAACGAAACGGGCAGUGGAGAGAGAGAGAGAGAGAGAGAGAGAGAGAGAGAGAGAGAGAGAGAGAGAGAGAGAGAGAGAGAGAGAGAGAGAGGGGCUCUUUUAUGUUAGGACCGAACUAAGAGAGAGAGAAGGGAAGAGAGAAGGGACAGUGGCCUGAUAAAUGGGGGGGAAGAGAACAGGUUUGCGGUGCAUUUUGUUAUAUUUUCUUAUUGCUGCUGGAAUCAGUUUUUUGUUUACUAUGUCAGACAGUCAUAUAUCUGGUCUGUUAUUAUCCACAUUAUUACUUCACUGGACACAUACUUGAGUCCCUCUCUCCUCCUGGUAGAUCUCUGUGGAUGGUGAGCCAUGUUUGGUAUUUUGGUGGUGUUGGUAGUGUAGAUUAAAAGGACAGACUGCAACUGCCUAUGGACUCACUUCACCAGCCUGCUAACAGAUCACCUGGACCAGCCAUACAGUACAUGUUCCAACCAAACUACAUGUCCAGUACAUGUCCCUAACACGCCUAGGCAGUGGAGGAGGCAGACUGCUGGACCAUAACCAUGUGCCUCUCCAUGCCAACUAAGAGCCUCCCCCCCUCCACUGCACUGUCAGACAGUGUCCCCACCCCCUUGACAGGAGGGGAGCAGACCGAUGACAUCAUAGUCAGCCAAAGGGUGGAAAACCCUCCCAUUGGUGGGGGCCAUAGUGACAUCAGCCUAGACCAACAAGGAUGAGAUAUCUCAUUUGCGGAUGCCUUUAAUGAUAUCACAGAAGGCCGAGGUGGCCAUAUCUCGUUGGUGGAAGCUUCUAUGACCUCAUCAGAAGCCAAGGAGACAGUGUUUUGUUUGGUUGAUUGGUUGCUUGGUGUACAAGCAGGCUUGGUACAUUUGUGGCAAAUAUAAUUCUGCUUGUUCGGUAAAUGCAGGUGGUAAAAAAUGAAGGACACUCAUGUCACAAAGUAUAUAAAGAAUUAUGCUUAAUAAUGACAAUGGAAAUGAUUAAAUAUAAAAAAAUAUAUAGGAUAAAUACUGUAUAGGACAUGACAGAGGUUGUGACUCUGCAGUAUGGGGUUAGGAUUAGUUGCACACAGAGAAAGCACAAGGCUCUUUUGGAGUCCUGUUGUACAGCAAUGUAAUUAUUUCAACAGAGUUCUACAGAAUGAAUUUUAGCCUAUAAAUAUCUUUCUUACUGUGCUUGGGGAUUAUUGUUCUCAUCAUUAUAAUUAUGACCAUGAUUAUUCAGAUUACAUCUGCGUCCGAAAUGGCACCCUAUUCCCUAUGUAGUGCACUGCUUUUGACCAGGUCAAAUGACAGGAAUUAACACCAGGUUAAAAGUAGUGCGCUAUAUAGGGAAUAGGGUGCCAUUUCGGACACAUCUUAUGAUUCCCCUCCCAUCCUUUUCAGGGUACUGGAAUAUGAGUGUUCUGUAACUCCAUGUAACAGUGUGUGUUUUGGUAUCACUGACUGUCACUCCUUCCUCAGAUCUGUAUGUGUCUGACAUGAACCCUGGCCUCUGUCCCCUGACCUUUAACCUCCACCACCCCUCCACCUUUUUAGUUCACAGGGGUUGACUCUUUGUUAAUGUACAGUUUUCAGAGCACAAAAUGAAUGUGUCACAUUUCUAAUAAAAGUAUAUCUAUAUAAUAAAGUAUCAGUUGUCCUGCUG